GCAUUUCAGGGGAACCUGAGGCUGAGACGUUAAGUGCUUGACCGAAGCGACAGGACCAGGAAGUGACAAAGCCCAGAACUGGGGUUUGAUCCGCCUCCUCUCACCUCUAACUAGAGGCAGCCUCCUCCGGGAAGCCUUCCCGGAUUGACCUCCUGCGUCUCGGCUGUUUUCACUCCUCUUUCCCCUUCCCCGGGUUCCGCCAUGUCAGGCCUCUCCUGCUUCUGCGUACUUAUCCCUCCCAACAUAUCCCUCCCACCCGCUCCUCACUGGGUGCUCAAGCCACACUGGUCCCUGUUUCUGUUUCUUGGCUAUACCAAGCUUGUUCCUCCCUGUGGGUCUGCACCUGUCCCCCCCCCCACGCCCCCCGGCCUGGCUCCUGUCACAUGACCGCCCUCCUGCUUGACACCCUAGCCAAAGUAGCUGUCCAGUCUCUGUCACACAAAGCCCCUUUCAUUCCCAGUGUUACCAAAACUGGGUUCGUCUGUUGGUGGACGUCGAGCGGAAAGACACAACGAAGGCAAAGAGCAGGAGAAGGAAGAACCGAUCACUUGCAAUUUGGAACCGACUGUAACUGCUUCCACCCGGCCUCAAUCUACGUCCACCCCUGGCAGCCUGAGGGAUUCUCCUAAAACCCACGUAGCUCUCCACUGUCCUCAGGCCAGCUCAGUAGAAAGACUUGGUGAUCUUUCGUGACCUGGGCUCUCCAGCCUCAAUUCUUGUCCUUUCCUGAACAUCACAAGCGGUUUAACUGGAACUAGGAAAGUGCUUGCAGAUGCCCACCGUGCCCUGCUCUCCACAUCUCUGCGCACGAGGCUCUUGCUACCUGGAACACCCCCUGCAUCUCGGCUCCCUCGGGGGGGGGUAACCCCCACUAGAACGUCAUAGCUGGCCUCCUACCAUCCUCCGCCUUUCGGCCCUUGAAGGACGCAGCCUGAGCUUUUGGAGGAGUUGACUUCACACAUUAAGAAGACAUCAGAAGACAAGGCUCUGAGCCUCAGUUGCCUUGUCUGUAAACCGGCCACAGAGUGACCGCGGUCAUGCAGCUGGAAUCGUCCGAGUCCUUCACGGUGGCGUCCAGCCCGGCCCUGAGGCGGAGAGGCAACGAUCCUCUCACUUCCAGCCCUGGGCGGAGCUCCCGGCGCGCGGAUGCCCUGACCUCCAGCCCCGGCCACGACCUUCCUCCCUUUGAGGAUGAGUCGGAGGGACUGCUCGGCACAGAGGGGCCCCUGGAGGAGGAGGAGGAGGAGGAUGGAGAGGAGCUUUUCGGAGAUGGCAUGGAGAGGGACUACCGCCCCAUCCCGGAGAUAGAUGUCUACGAGCCCGAGGGGCUGGCCCCGGACGACGAGGAUGUGGAGGAGCUGACCGCCAGCCAGAGGGAGGCGGCCGAGCGGGUCAUGCGGCAGCGAGAGCGGGAGGCCGGCCGGGGCCUGGGCCGCAUGCGCCGCGGGCUCCUGUACGACAGCGACGAGGAGGAGGAGGAGCGGCCCAGCCGGAAGCGGCGGCAGGUAGAGCGGGCCACGGAGGACGGUGAGGAGGACGAGGAGAUGAUUGAGAGCAUCGAGAACCUGGAGGACCUGAAGGGCCACUCGGUGCGCGAGUGGGUGAGCAUGGCCGGCCCGCGACUGGAGAUCCACCACCGCUUCAAGAACUUCCUGCGCACCCACGUGGACGGCCGCGGCCACAAUGUCUUCAAGGAGCGCAUCAGCGACAUGUGCAAAGAGAACCGCGAGAGCCUGGUAGUGAACUACGAGGACCUGGCCGCCAGGGAGCACGUCCUGGCCUACUUCCUGCCCGAGGCGCCGGCGGAGCUGCUGCAGAUCUUCAGCGAGGCCGCCCUGGAGGUGGUGCUGGCCAUGUACCCCAAGUACGACCGCAUCACCAGCCGCAUCCACGUGCGCAUCUCCCACCUGCCCCUGGUGGAGGAGCUGCGCUCGCUCAGGCAGCUGCACCUGAACCAGCUGAUCCGCACCAGCGGGGUGGUGACCAGCUGCACGGGCGUCCUGCCGCAGCUCAGCGUGGUCAAGUACAACUGCAACAAGUGCGGCUUCGUCCUGGGGCCUUUCCGCCAGUCGCAGAACCAGGAGGUGAAGCCGGGCUCCUGCCCCGAGUGCCAGUCGGCCGGCCCCUUCGAGGUCAACAUGGAGGAGACCAUCUACCAGAACUACCAGCGCAUCCGAAUUCAGGAGAGUCCUGGCAAAGUGGCGGCCGGCCGGCUCCCCCGCUCCAAGGAUGCCAUCCUGCUCGCGGACCUGGUGGACAGCUGCAAGCCGGGAGACGAGAUAGAGCUGACUGGCAUCUACCACAACAACUACGACGGGGCCCUCAACACCACCAACGGCUUCCCCGUCUUCGCCACUGUCAUCCUAGCCAACCACGUGGCCAAGAAGGACAACAAGGUGGCCGUGGGCGAGCUGACUGACGAGGACGUGAAGAUGAUCGCCGGCCUCUCCAAGGACCAGCAGAUCGGGGAGAAGAUCUUUGCCAGCAUCGCUCCUUCCAUCUACGGGCACGAAGACAUCAAGCGAGGCCUGGCGCUGGCUCUGUUUGGAGGGGAGCCCAAAAACCCCGGCGGCAAGCACAAGGUGCGAGGUGACAUCAACGUGCUCCUGUGUGGAGAUCCCGGCACGGCCAAGUCUCAGUUCCUCAAGUACAUCGAGAAGGUGUCCAGCAGAGCCAUCUUCACCACCGGCCAGGGGGCCUCGGCCGUGGGCCUCACGGCAUAUGUCCAGCGGCACCCCGUCAGCAAGGAGUGGACCUUGGAGGCUGGGGCCCUGGUCCUGGCGGACCGAGGAGUGUGUCUUAUUGAUGAAUUUGACAAGAUGAACGACCAGGACAGGACCAGCAUCCACGAGGCCAUGGAGCAGCAGAGCAUCUCCAUCUCCAAGGCCGGCAUCGUCACUUCCCUGCAGGCCCGCUGCACCGUCAUCGCUGCCGCCAACCCCAUAGGCGGCCGCUACGACCCCUCGCUCACCUUUUCGGAAAACGUGGACCUCACGGAGCCCAUCAUCUCCCGCUUCGACGUCCUUUGUGUGGUGAGGGACACAGUGGACCCGGUGCAGGAUGAGAUGCUGGCCCGUUUCGUGGUCGGCAGCCACAUCAGACAUCACCCCAGCAACAAGGAGGAUGGGGGCGUGGGGGGCGCCCCGGAGCCCCCCAUGCCCAACACAUACGGCGUGGAGCCCCUGCCGCAGGAGGUCCUGAAGAAGUACAUCAUCUACGCCAAGGAGAAGGUCCACCCGAAGCUCAACCAGAUGGACCAGGACAAGGUGGCCAAGAUGUACAGCGACCUGAGGAAGGAAUCCAUGGCCACGGGCAGCAUCCCCAUCACGGUGCGCCACAUCGAGUCCAUGAUCCGCAUGGCUGAGGCCCACGCGCGCAUCCACCUGCGCGACUACGUGACCGAGGAUGACGUCAACAUGGCCAUCCGCGUGAUGCUCGAGAGCUUCGUGGACACGCAGAAGUUCAGCGUCAUGCGCAGCAUGCGGAAGACUUUUGCGCGCUACCUGUCGUUCCGCCGGGACAACAACGAGCUGCUGCUCUUCGUCCUGAAGCAGCUGGUGGCCGAGCAGGUGACGUAUCAGCGCAACCGCUUCGGGGCCCAGCAGGACACGAUCGAGGUGCCCGAGAAGGACUUGGUGGACAAGGCUCGUCAGAUCAACAUCCACAACCUGUCUGCCUUUUAUGACAGUGAGCUCUUCAGGAUGAACAAGUUCACCCACGACCUGAAACGCAAGAUGAUCCUCCAGCAGUUCUGAGCACCGGCGGCAGCUCUGUGGCCCCGGUGGAAGGUCAGACCUGGUCCUGACUUCACUCUGCUUCAGGGGCCCAAAACCAAACUGUGCGGGGCUCCGAGUUGUGGGGCCGGGCUCGCAGCGGUGCCGUGUGGCUCCGCCCCAUGGCCGGGGUGUUUAUUUCCGUGACACGCUUCCUCUGCUCUCAUCUCGGGGCACUUGACUUCCCAGAGCUGCGUUUUCAGCCCUCUGACAGCCGCCCACCACUUGCAGGAGGUUCGCCUGACCUCCUUCUGGGGAUUGAAGUCGAAUGUGUUCGGGACCCCUGGGGGCUGUUCUCGGGGACUGAGCGCGUAAGGGUGGUACCAGAACUGUUGGCCUCUUGCCGUGAGUUUGUGUCCUGCUGCUUUUGCUGCCUGUGGUUGAAGAGCAAGUUCCCAGUGUUUGCAGUGUUUUUCUGAACUGUGUCCUGCAGCCUCCUCUAGGCUCCUAUGAGUAGAGGCAGCGUGUGGGUCCUGCACAGGUGGGACCCUA